AUGGCAGUACUGAGUUGGAGGACGUGCUCAGAGUGAGAAAAUCAUGCUAAUUGUUUGGGGAAGACUGUGAAAGUUAGACUCAAGAUGAAGGCAGAAAAAUGGGCUUUCUCUUGGUCAACAGCUGCUAUUACAGCACCACUGCUCUUGAUCCUUGCCGUUAUGAUUCACUCAGGAUGUGUUAUGGGGGUGAACAUCACCAGUUUGGAGACUGUAAUCAGAGGGUCAGUGGGUGGAGAAGCUCUGCUCUCUGUCCGAUAUUCAAGCACCAGUCUGGAUCCUCCUGUCAUCAAAUGGCAGCUGAAGAGGGACAAACCCAUUACAGUGGUCCAGUCUAUCGGCACAGAGAUCAUCGGUAACCUGCGGCCAGAAUACAGAGACCGUAUCCUUGUUUUUGAAAAUGGCACACUGCUGCUCCAUAACCUCAGACUGUCUGAUGAGGGUACCUAUGAAGUGGAGAUCUCCAUCACCGAUGACACCUUCACUGGAGAGGGCAGCAUAGAGCUGACGGUUGAUGAGCCUAUCUCAAAGCCAUAUAUUCACAUGGUCACCUCCUCUGUUCUGGAACUGACAGAGGAUUUCAUGCUCAACUGCACUCACGACACAGGAACCAAGACCACCUACAGCUGGACAAAAGGUGGCAAGCCAUUACUAAAUGAGACUCGCCUGCUCCUGUCCGCUGAUCAGAAGGUCUUGAACAUCACACGCGUUCAGAUGGUUGAUGAUGAUGUCUACAGUUGCAUGGUGGAGAACCCUCUUGGUAGCAUGAAAAGCCUGCCAGUCAGACUAACAGUUUACAAAAGGAGUUCCCUUUAUAUUAUACUGUCCACAGUGGGCAUCUUUCUCCUCAUCACUCUUGUAACUGUGUGUGCUUGCUGGAGGCCAUCAAAAAACAGAUCAAAAAAGAAGAGGUCCAAAACUAUGUUACCAAGAUCCAUUCCACAAAACCACCACAUCAUAUAUCAUGACGUUAAGCCAGAGGAUGAUAUCAUCCCAAUAAUGACUGAUCAUGAGCGUAGGAAUCCUGUAUCACUCUACAUCCUAAAAGAAAAGGAUUCUCCAACUGGUGAUCCAACAUCAACAUGUGAAAGGUGCACCACUAAUGGCAGCAUCCCUCCAAGCUACAGCAGCUCCAUGCCUCCUCCAUCCGACGAGCCACCAGCACGCACCUCUCGCAGAUACCCUCGCACUCCCACUAAAUCUCCCCCGGCACACCGCCGCCGGAGGAAGGGACACAGCCAGAGCCCACCAGCCCCCUCUCCAUCUCGUAGCCGAGGCUCCAGUCAUUCUUCUCCACCGCCUGUGCCCUCUUCUCCAGCCAGAAAGCCUGAAGAUUCAUCCACCACUCCACAAGAAAGCAGAGGCUCUCCAAAAACAUAGAUGCUGAUGUACAGACCAAGUCUGGUGAGCCCACAUGCUGCAAAGAGACAAAUAUUGACCUGCACAAAUACAUUUGCAUUAAUGUAUGUAAAUACACAGUAGCCUAUAUGGUCCAAAGCAUUACAUUUCAGAUUUGUUUUUCUUUGUUGAGACACUUUUUAUUCAAAUGCACUUUGUGAAUGUUCAGUUUAUCUAACAUGGUAGGGUAUGUUCCCUGUCAGAGAUGCCUGGGUAAUGAAAUGUGAUUAUGUUGGCUUGACAAAGCAAUUUUUCAAAAUCCUAAACCCCACUCCUAGUGCGUUUAAGCUACAUCCACAAAACUCAGAAAUCAGCCAGAUAACCCUAACAACCAUCUAGUAACCACACAGAACACCUUAACAACCAGCUAGCUAGGCCUAUAUUCCUCAAACCUCAAAUCUGUCAUCAAAUCACCUAAUUUGGUGCUUAUUCAAACUUCAAAAUGUUGUACACUUCCAGGCAAGGCUUUGUCAAGCCAACAGUCAAAGUUUGUCUUGACAAACAAACUUUCCAUGUCUGUUUUAUUUUGGAAAAUGUAAAUGACAAGUAGAGUUCAAGAGUUGAUCUGUAAUGAAGAUGGUAAAUAAAAUCUUGAGAAAGACCUGGAA